AUGGCGUCCCCAGGGUCGCUGUCGAACGACCAAGUCACAAACAAGUCGACGCAGACCUUUAUCACCGCGCUCGUGACGGGCUUGAUCGUGCUGGGUGCAGAGGUCGCCGCCUUCAUCAUCCUCAAGAACCGCUUCCGCCAGAUCUACAGCCCCCGCUCUUACCGCGUUCCUCCCAACAAGCGCGUCGACCCCCUGCCCCAUUCCUUCCUCGGCUGGAUACCCUAUGUCAUCCGCACGCCGGCCAACACGAUCCUCCAGAAGAAUGGCCUCGAUGCCUACAUCUUCGUCCGCUUCUUGUUCCUCAUGAUGGAGAUCUUUGCUCCGUUCAUGAUCCUCACCUGGGUCAUCCUCCUGCCCGUCGACGCCGCCGGCUCGAGGGGUACCAACACCGGCAUCACCCGUUUCACCUUUGGCAACGUCGGUCUCUCGCAACAGCCUCGCUACGCCGCCCACCUCAUCCUCGUCUGGAUCCUCACCUUCUGGGUCUUCUACCUCAUCCGCCGCGAAUAUGCCAAGUUCAUCCAGCUCCGCCAGGACUUCCUCAUGAGCCCUGAACACACGCGCCUCGCUCAGUCGAAGACGGUGCUUGUCACGGGCGUCCCGGAGGAACUCCUCAACCAGAGCAACAUGCAGCGUUUCUGCAACGUCUUGCCCGGAGGUGCCAAGCGCAUCUGGUUCGCUCGCGACUUGAAGGAUUUGCCGGACCUGUACGACCGCCGUGAGAAGGCCGUCAAGAAGCUCGAGGGCGCCGAGACGAAGCUACUCAAGCUCGCGACGAAGCAGAUUGCCAAGAACAAGAAGAAGCACCUCGACGCGCCCGCCUCGGACCCCGAGGCGAGCAAGAGCGAAGUCUACCGCUACGUGCCGCAGAAGAAGCGUCCGACCCACAAGCUUGGUCCGCUCGGGCUUUGGGGGAAAAAGGUCGACUCGAUCGAGUGGGCGAGGGAGGAGAUCGAGACGACGAACAGGGAGCUCGAGACGGAGCGUGAGUUGCUGGGCGGAAACGAGGGCAGCACCAAGUACCCUGCGAGGUCGGCCGUCUUCAUCCAGUUCCACACGCAGAUCGCCGCGCACAUGUUCGCUCAGUGCCUCGCCCACCACGCUCCUCUCCGCAUGUCGUACCGCUUCCUCGAGGUUGGCCAGGAGGACGUCAUCUGGGGCAACCUCCGCAUCAAGCCGUACGAGCAGCGCGCUCGUUACGCCGCCUCGUGGGCUGCCACGCUCGGCCUCAUCAUCCUCUGGUCUUUCCCUGUCGCCUUCGUCGGCUUGAUCUCGAACGUCUCGGCGCUCUGCAUCAGCGCUCCUUGGCUCGCCUGGCUCUGCAAGCUUCCUGUUCCCGUCAACGGUAUCAUCCAGGGUGCCCUCCCGCCCAUUGCGCUCGCCGUCCUCUUCAUGCUCCUCCCGAUCAUCCUGCGCCUCUUCGCGCGCUUUGAGGGCAUCCCGCUCAAGACCGGCAUCGAGCUCUCGCUCAUGACCCGCCUCUUCAUCUUCCAGGUCAUCCACGGAUUCUUGAUCGUCACCCUCGCCUCGGGUCUCGUCAAGGCCAUCCCGGCCAUCGCCAAGAACCCCUCGAGCGCCGUCACCCUCCUCGCGACACAGCUCCCCGCCGCCUCUACUUUCUUCCUCACUUACUUUGUCACGACUUCGUUCGCUGGCGCUGCGGGAUCGCUCCUUCAGAUCGUCAAGCUUAUCGUCUACUACGUCAAGCUCAUCCUUCUUGGCUCGACUCCGCGCUCCGUCUUCGGCAUCAAGUACAACUCCUCGACCGUCGCCUGGGGAACUCUCUGGCCCUCGAUGACCCUCCUCACCGUGAUUGGCUUGACCUACUCGGUCAUCGCCCCGCUCGUCUGCGGCUUCGCCCUGGUCGCCUUCGCGCUUUUCUGGUUCGUGUACAAGUACCUCUUCCUCCUCGUCAUCGACACGCCGCCCGCAACCGAGACCGGCGGCCUCUUCUACCCGAAGGCGCUCGGCCACAUCUUUGUCGGCCUGUACAUCGAGCAGAUCUGCAUGUGCGGUCUCUUCUUCCUCGCCCAGGACGCCAAAGGCAAGCAGUCGGCCAUCCCCGAGGGCGCCAUCAUGGUCGUUCUGAUCGUCAUCACCGUGCUCUACCACAUCGUCCUCAAUUCGGGAUACCAGCCCCUCGUCAAGUUCCUCCCGCUCUCGGUUGCGCCCAAGAUCGCUGCCACUCAAGGCUUCCCCGACGGCUUCCCCGCUCACCACAACGCGGGCCGCGAGGCCGGCCAGACGUCGCAGCUCGCGCCGACUCAGAGCGAGACGACGACCAAGGAGAAGGACGAGUCGACCUUCCCGCCUCCCGCCGGCGCUUCCUUCGAUGAGCACAAGAGGCCUCUCCGCACCGUCGAGACAAACGACGACACGGGCACGCUCCCCGGCGACGAGCACCUCGACCAGAACGCGUUCGACCACCCCGCGAUGUACAAGGACUACGACACGGUCUGGAUCCCGCAGGACCCGCAGGGCCUGUACCGCGACGAGCUCGAGGCGUCCCAGGCGCACGGUGUCGACAUCUCGGCCGAGGGCGCGUACAUGAACGAGAAGGCCAAGGUCGACGUUCACCGCGCGCCGCCGGGCGAGGACUGGGACGACUCGCAGGCCAUCUAG